AAUGCGUGAUAUAACUAUCGACGCAAUUGUCUAAUCGCCAUAUUAGUCGUCGUAAUUACCGGGUGUAAUUAGCUACGCACAUGACUGCGCGCACGGGAUACUCGGAACUAAGUGAAAUUGUCUCUUACGCAUUGCUUCAGAAUCCACAUGCGUAACCCGAUUGGACUUUUCUUUUUUUCCAGAACAGAGUAUGAUUAGUGCUUCGGAACAUGGAAAAUAAUACUUAAGAUCGAAAAAAAUGCAUUUUUCGAUUAGGAUUAUGAAAUUUCUAGUUCUCGUUAUCCCGCUCGCCAUGCAAUACGUGUUCGCCGAAUCGCGAAACAGAGACAGUUAUUCGGACGAGAAAUUCUGCAUACUCGAGUGGAUCAUUUACCUGAAGCGCUUCUCGUUAAUCGCGUUAAUGUUGUAUGGCGUCGUUUUGUAUUACGUGCCCAAGUCACGCUCAUACGCUCGACGAGCAUGUUGCGUUAUAAUAGAUCUCGUAGCAAACGGAUUGAAAUUUAUCUUAUGUGCGACUGAAUCUGAAUACGAAAAGAUAAAAGCAAAAGACAUGGAUGAUCAAAGUGAACCGAGAAUACAAGAACUAUAUCGAAAGACAUGCAAACAAGCCUCAAGGAGUUACAGACAAAGAUACAUCGAUAGAAUAGACGACACCGACCACAGUGAUAAUAAAUUAAUGAGAAAGAAGGAGAAAAAGAUCUACAAAAAAUACAGUUCAAAUGAAAGACAUAAACGUAAGCGAGAAGACUCUUGUCAUCAUCAAAAGUCUGCCACCAAGGACAUAUUUUCGGAAUCAAAUGUAUUGUCAACUAUCGACAAUUGGAUGACUAAAAUCGUCGAAAAACGCAAAGAUGAUGUUAUAGGUCUGCGAGAUAUUCUCCCAAAGACAAAUAUCUCAACGUGCGGUGUGUCAAUGAAAAAUUUGAUAGAAGACAAUUUGAAACACGCGUCUAUUGAAAAUCACGAAGAUAAUACUACAAGAAAUAUUAAAACGAGAUCGUCAAUUGCGUGUAAGAAAGCGGACUCACUAGUUUCGGAAAUUGUUCAUAAAACCAUUGCCGAAAAAUACGAGUCAAUAUGCAAGGACAAUGAUCAGCGAGAUAACAUUGAUAAUUUGUCGAUAGCAAGAGUUUCUACUGAUAUAAAAACAACCGAUUGUGAUCUGUUAAACGACGUCUCUCACCAUUACACCGGAGAAGAUUACACGACAAGGACUACGGAGAAGCAAACAGCGAAUCUUUGUUAUGGGAGAGUAUUUACAAAGAAUGAGUUACAUAAAAAAUCUAAAAGAGAAAACUGUCGAUUUCUUCGUGAUAAAGAGAGCAUUACCCGCGUUUGUUACGAGAAUUCUUCGAUUAUAUCAAAUCAGACAAAACCAGUCUUGUCUCCAAUCAUAAGCUGGUUAUUUGGCGGUUGUCCGAAGAUAUCGAGACGAUAUCGGAUUGCAGAAGUCGAAAAGGAAGAAAGUUUCGAGACCACAUGGUUUUUCUAAAUACACACGAGUAUCCACUGUUGCAAAGAGCAAGAAUAUCGAUAACAACGAAAAGCUAUAUAUUAUAUUAUGAUUUUAUAAUGUGUAACACAUGAAAUUAUUGUUAUAUCAAAUUUUCAAAAAA